UGUAUUAACCACUAUAAAAUAUUUAGUUUUUCGGUAAAUGGUUAAUAUACUGAAACUUAUAAUUUUUAUUGUUGUUUUAAAAUUUAUAACCAUAUUUUAUAUUUGUAUUUAUGUAUUCUAAACUCUCUUACAUCGUAAAUAGGCGUCGUUCUAUUUUUUAUCUAUUAAUUUAGUAAACCUUCAUAUGUUCCCUAAAUAAGUGGACAAACCACAAUAGAAUCCUUAUUUUAGAGAAACGGAGACAAAAAAAAUUCCAAACCUCUUUGACCAUCAUCAUAUGUUAGUUCAUGAUACAACUAUGCAUUAAAUAGUAUUAUCAUAUUUUUUGAAAUUUUAUCACAAUCUAUGUGUUAAUCUCUACAAUUAAUAUUUAGUUUUUCAGUAAUGGUUAAUGUACUGAAGCAUAUAAUUUUUAGUGUUGUUUUAAAAUUUAUAUCCAAAUUAUAUAUAUAUGUAUAUUUUAAACUCUCUUACAUGCUAAACUUCAAAUUUUUGUCGGCAUUAUGAGUUACACAUAAAAUAGAUUGUUUGACUUUCAAGUUCAAUGAUUACACUAUAUACAAAACCCAAAAUAAAUCCACUAUAACUGAAGUGGGUCUAUCUCCAAUUCGAUAUAUUAUUUAUUAGACAUAUUAGUUAUGUUCGGAUUCGUAUUUCUUGAUUGAACAUUAACAGUUGUUUAUCAACGAAUGUGGUCAUUGUUAGUAGUGCUUAUGAGUUAUGAACCAGAUCAUUCACUGAUAAUUUACAAAAAAACUAGACUCCGUUUUUAUUUUUCUUUCCGUAACGUUGUAAACGAAUAAGAUUCAGGUUUCCAAACUUUAAGUUGGGCCUAUUAAUCUUUGACUCGGUUAGGCCAUAAUUUAUUGGGCCUAUAAUGGGCUCAUAAGGGAGUGUUCUGUUUUCUUAACGCUCUUACUGGAUAGAGGUUAGUAGUGUUAAACAUUUCAAAAGUCUUUGAUUACAGAAUCUUAAUGUGUGUUAUUAUUAGACAAUAGACACUAGUAUUAUAGACCAAAAAACACAAUUGACUUUAAGAAAACUAUAUUGUUACUUGUGAGGAGCAGCCACGAUGGACCGAAUGUACAUGAACGUGCAUUGCAUGAGCUUAAUUAUAUGCAUAAUACAUUAAUCAAAAUUAUAAACCAUUGUUUUGAUCUAAAAAGUACUCCAUUCCAGAAGGCUGCUAAGACAAAAAGUUAGUCCAUACUAAUCUUUGUACGUGUCGAUGACUCAAUCUCCACGUGGCAAUAUCGCAGAAGCUCUCUCGAGAGAGACAAAACAAAACCCUACGAAGGCUCUUUGUCUGAAUAUAAUCCCCCGUCUCUAGUUCUUCAUCCUCCGUCCAUCUCUACCGCCGCUUCCUCCUCCUUAUCGGAAUCUCUAUCGUCAUUAUGCUCAUAAGCCUCUCUAUCGCUUCACAUCUCCGUCCAACGAUUCUCUCUAUCGCUUCACAUCUCCGUCAACGCUUCACUUUGUUCUGAGAAUUGAGUUCCGAUUUUAUAAUUUGACGUUAGGUGAAUUUUGUUACUGUGAGAUGGCUGCUUUGAAAGGUUACGGCUUGUGUUCUAUGGACUCUGCUCUACACUUCCCCUGUCCUAAGCCAUUCCAGGCCUACAAGAGAAAGAGCUCGAAAUGGAUCUCUCCAAUAGCAGCUGUGGUACCAAACUUCCACCUCCCUAUGCGCAGCUUAGAGGUCAAAAACAGGACCAAUACAGAUGACAUAAAAGCCCUACGACUCAUCACAGCCAUCAAAACGCCUUACCUCCCCGACGGGAGAUUCGACCUCGAAGCCUACGACGACCUCAUCAACAUCCAAAUCCAAAACGGCGCUCAAGGCGUCAUCGUCGGCGGCACGACCGGCGAAGGACAGCUCAUGAGCUGGGACGAGCACAUCAUGCUCAUAGGCCACACCGUCAACUGCUUCGGCGCAAGCAUCAAAGUCAUCGGCAACACGGGAAGCAACUCCACCAGAGAAGCCAUCCACGCCACCGAGCAAGGCUUCGCCGUCGGGAUGCACGCCGCCCUCCACAUCAACCCUUACUACGGCAAAACAUCUAUAGACGGAAUGAUAUCACAUUUUCAGUCGGUUCUCCACAUGGGACCCACGAUUAUCUACAACGUCCCCGGUCGAACCGGGCAGGACAUACCGCCACGUGUCGUUUUCGAGCUUUCUAGGAGUGCUAGUUUAGCUGGCGUGAAGGAGUGCGUUGGGAACGAGAGGGUCCAGGAGUAUACGGAGAAUGGGGUUUCUGUGUGGAGCGGGAACGAUGACGAGUGUCAUGACUCGAGGUGGGACUAUGGAGCGACGGGGGUUAUAUCGGUUACGAGUAACUUGGUUCCUGGUUUGAUGAGGAAGCUGAUGUUUGAAGGGAAGGACUCGGAGUUGAACGAGAAGCUGAGGCCGUUGAUGGGGUGGCUGUUCCGGGAGCCGAACCCGAUUGGGCUCAACACUGCUUUGGCCCAGCUCGGUGUGGCGAGGCCCGUUUUUAGGUUGCCGUAUGUUCCGUUGCCUUUGGCUAAGAGGGUUGAGUUUGUGAGGAUGGUGGAGGAGAUUGGGAGGGAGCAUUUUGUUGGUGAGAGGGAUGUUCAGGCUCUUGAUGAUGAUGACUUUAUCCUUAUUGGUCGAUAUUAAGCAUAUUAUACUAGUACUUUCUUGAAUCUUUUGGUUGUUUUGUUUGGUAUUUAAUGAAGAAGGAAGAGAUGGUUUUAUACUUUUUGGUUUAUGUAGCUGAUGAAUGAAACUCAUUUGAAUGAUUUCAUCAUAUGUUCUGGUCUCUGUUUGUUAUGAACUUAUGAUAUAUUCUCUCUGUUCUUAAAAGAUCUAUGUUAUAGUU